CUAUUCCUCCCACUGAUACCAAUGAUGGGCCGCUAUUCCUCCCACUGACACCAAUGAUGGAGCACUAUUCCUCCCACUGACACCAAUGAUGGGACACUAUUCCUCCCACUGACACCAAUGAUGGGGCACGAUUCUUACCACUGACACCAAUGAUGGGGCACUAUUCCUCCCACUGACUAAUGAUGGGGCACUAUUCCUCCCACUUACUAAUGAUGGGGCACUAUUCCUCACACACUGACACUAAUGAUGGGGCACCAUCCCCAUCAUUGGAAUACCAUACUGAAAUAGCAUACCAUAUUGAAAUCAAAUCUGAU